AAAAUUUUCUUGUUUAAAUUCUAAUGGCGUCUCUCGGAACUCUUCCCGAAGAAGUGAUGAUCGAGAUUCUCUCUCAACUUCCACCGGAAUCUCUCCUUCGUUUCAAGUGCGUUAACAAAUCCUGGAAUGCACUGAUCAAUGACUCUAAAUUCGGAUCAAAACACUAUUCCAAUUCUCGUCGGCGCAAACACGUUUUUCUCUGGUGUCCUCGCAUUGACACAGAGGUAAAUACCUUUUCCUUCCUGGAAUUACCCCUCUCACUGAAUUCAUCAGUGUCCUUUUUCGAUAUAGAUUUCCCAUUAAACGAGUAUUUUCGAUGGGUAGAAAUUAUUGGCCAUUCUCACGGCUUAAUUUGUCUCACUGUUCGUCAUUGGGACAUUUUUCUCUGGAAUCCCUUGACCAGAGAGUUUCGUAAACUUCCGCCGUCGAUUAUUCUCCAUCCUUCUGACAUGUACAGUUCUUUUACAAGGGCCGUUGGAUUUGGGUAUGAUUCAAAAUCUAUGGAUUUUAAAGUGGUUAGGUUUAUGGGUUUUACAGAAGAACCUGAAUUGUAUUACUGUUCCAGAGUGGAAAUUUAUGAAUUGAGCAAAGAUAGAUGGAGAGAAAUUGAGAGCCCUUUUCUUGGGCAUAGAUUUUGGAAGCCUUGUUUUAAUAUGUGUCACGAAGGAAUGUGUUCCUGGUGUGGGCUUAGUGAAGAAGGUACCGAGAUUCUAGAGACAUUCGACAUCAGCGAUGAGGUUUUCGGUCAAAUUCAGUUACCUGAUGAUUUUGAUGUGAUGGAUAAGUGUUUAGGGGUUUUUAAUGGAUCCAUUGUUCUGUUUCCUUGUCCAUAUAAAGGAUACGAUAGAAUGUUCAACUUGUGGGAGAUGAAGAAAGAUGAAUUCGGUGAGGUUUCAUGGUCAAAGAAGUUAUUGACAAUUGGAUCUGUUUUCGAAAUUGAGAAGGCAUGGUGGAUUGUGAACUCCGAUGAACUUUUUUUGGAGGUCAACCAAGGACGAUUAAUUUUGUACAAUGAUACUAAAAGUCAACGCUUGAAGCUUUCAGAUAGUUGUUUUGCUACUGUUUUUGUUAAGAGUUUGGUAUCGGUGAAGGGAGGAAAUAACAUUACUUAUGAAUUUUGAAUUGAUGUCUUAGCUUUUACACAAAGAUCACUCGAUACUUAAUUCUUUAAAAUUUCUUAAAGCAAGGUUUGUUGUUUA